UGGGCAGAGCAGCAAUACGAAAAAAAGAGAACUAAGCGUGCAGCCCUGAGAGACUCCGCAGAAAAUCUUUUCAAUGACCCUAUGUGGAAUCAGCAGUGGUACCUGCAAGAUACAAGGAUUACUCCCUCUCUGCCUAAGCUAGAUCUCCAUGUUAUACCUGUAUGGCAAAAAGGGAUUACAGGCAAAGGUGUUGUUAUAACUGUCCUGGAUGAUGGCUUGGAAUGGAAUCACACUGACAUCUAUGCUAACUAUGAUCCACAGGCAAGUUAUGAUUUCAAUGACAAUGAUCAUGAUCCCUUUCCUAGAUAUGAUCCAACAAAUGAAAACAAGCAUGGGACACGAUGUGCAGGAGAAAUUGCCAUGCAAGCCAAUAACAAGAAGUGUGGAGUUGGAGUAGCAUAUAAUUCCAAAGUGGGAGGUAUACGGAUGCUGGAUGGAAUAGUCACUGAUGCCAUUGAAGCCAGUUCAAUCGGUUUCAAUCCAGAACAUGUGGAUAUUUACAGUGCAAGCUGGGGUCCAAAUGACGAUGGUAAAACUGUAGAGGGACCUGGCAGACUAGCACAGAAGGCUUUUGAAUAUGGGAUCAACCAGGGCCGAAAUGGAAAAGGUUCCAUUUUUGUAUGGGCUUCUGGGAAUGGUGGUCGUCAGGGUGAUAACUGUGACUGUGAUGGCUACACAGAUAGUAUCUACACUAUCUCCAUUAGCAGUGCUUCCCAACAAGGCCUUUCUCCUUGGUAUGCAGAGAAGUGCUCCUCAACUCUGGCCACAGCAUACAGCAGUGGGGAUUAUACUGACCAGAGAAUUACAAGUGCUGAUCUUCAUGAUGAAUGUACAGAGACUCACACUGGAACCUCUGCAUCUGCUCCAUUGGCAGCGGGGAUUUUUGCUCUAGCCCUUGAAGCAAACCCUAAUCUAACAUGGAGGGAUAUGCAACAUUUGGUAGUCUGGACAUCAGAAUAUGAUCCACUGGCUGGUAAUCCAGGAUGGAAGAAAAAUGGAGCAGGGUUGAUGGUGAAUAGCCGAUUUGGAUUUGGAUUACUUAAUGCCAAGGCACUGGUGGAUUUAGCUGAUCCUAAAGUGUGGAAAAGCAUACCUGAAAAGAAAGAGUGCAUAGUCAAGGACAACAGUUUUGAACCAAGGUUAUUAAGAGCAAAUGGUGAAGUAACCAUUGAAAUUCCCACAAAAGCUUGUGAAGGGCAAGAGAAUUCUGUUGCAUCUUUGGAACAUGUGCAGUUUGAGGCAACGAUUGAAUAUUCCCGCAGAGGUGAUCUGCACGUCACUCUCACUUCCCCAUCAGGCACCAGCACUGUUCUACUGGCUGAAAGGGAGAGAGAUAAGUCUCCCAAUGGCUUUAAAAAUUGGGACUUCAUGUCUGUUCACACAUGGGGAGAGAACCCAGCAGGUACUUGGGUUUUAAGAAUUACUGAUGUGUCCAGGAGAAUCCAAAAUGAAGGGAGGAUUGUGAACUGGAAACUGAUUUUGCAUGGCACUUCUGUCCAACCUGAACAUAUGAAACAGCCUCGUGUAUAUACAAACUACAAUGCUGUGCAAAAUGACAGAAGGGGAGUGGAGAAGAUGACAGACUUCGUAGAGGUAUCAGUUACUUUAUGUUUUCCUCCAUAUAUGUGCAUAUUGUUAUAAUAGCAUAAAAGAAAUAUACCAUUUGGGGUUUUCUGAAUUCAUUUACCUGCAUGUACUCAUUUCACCAAACCUUUACUCAUUUGUUAGCUGUGUGCAUACUGUGAUGUGAUCCAUGCCCGUAAGUAAAUGUUUUCAGUUACUCAACCAUUUAACAAGGCAUGAUCUGAGGGACUUAAAAAUGAUUUUAUGACAUCAGUUCUAAAAAAGUUGAAUGAUUGUAGAAGGAACUUGUUCAAACAAUUUGAGUUUAGAGCUCUGAUCACUUCUAGUGUUUUCUGUGGGAAUAGCUGUCAGGGCCCAAAAUUGUUGACCCAGGUCCUAUAGAUGCAAGGACUGUUGGAGUGAAGCAUAAUACCAAAUGAUUCAGCAUGGGUUUAGAGACUCUCCAGACCUGGACAUUAUCCUGGUAACCAGAGCUCCAGCUGCAUUGUAUUCUAUUUCUUCACCUUCAAGAGGAAUUGAUAAUUAUUUAUGGAAAACAAAUAAAAAAUGUUAGGCAUCUCCGCUUUAAAGCAAAACCACGCACAACUCCCAUUAGUAGGUAGGUAUGUUCAUAAGGGUACAUCAGUAACAGAAGUACAGGUGACUCUGGGAUGAAAUGCAGCAGCUAUUUAAGAACACAGAAGUGAAAGUGAAGUAAACCUGUAUUUAACAGAUACUGCAGGGGUGGAAACGAUGGGCAAAACGUAGCUUCCAACAUGAAAUUUGGGAUUCACUUUCCUAUUCUUGUUGGAAGAUGUAUGGUGAACACUCAUAAUCCAGCCAUCACUUCCAUGUCUCAUCUGAAAGACAGCACCUCCAGAAGAACUGUAUUAAUUAUGCUGGGGAAUUAGUUUGUUCCUGCAUGAGAGAGGAAAAUGCUUAUUGAGUCACCCUCACCUUCCCAUAACCAGUCUUUAUAAAAGUCUCUCAUCUAAGUUCUUAUCAGUCCAGUCAGGCUUAACUCUCUUACAAUCUGCUGGUUUCACACAAUUAUAAUAUGCUGUGAUUGAGACCUGUACAGUUAAGUAAUCAGCUAAUAUACUAUACUAUACUAUACUAUACUAUACUAUACUAU